AUUAGUAUAAUCGGAAUCGCUAACCUGAUCACUAUAUUCCUGACGAUCUCUAAAUAUACAAUACAAAUAAUGGAUUAUAAAUUUUUAUUGGGAAUCCUGCCGUUCAUUGUUGGUAUUCCGAAUUCAGAUUAUCUCCUAUACAAUGAUGCAACUCCUGGCGAAUUUCCAUUUGUUGCUAACAUGAUACGAGAAUUGUUUUCUGACGAGCGUUGUUCCGGUGUAAUUCUCUCAAGCGAAUGGAUCUUAACUGCGGCAACUUGCCUAAGAUAUUCUACCUCUGGAGCAAGAUUCAUGGCUGGAGAAUACAACACUUCAAUAUUCGAAGGAAAUGAACAAAGUCGAAGAGUCUCAUACGUGGCAUUCCAUCCAGAUUUCGAAAAUGAUGUUUGGGAACCUGAUAAUGAUAUCGCCCUGGUUAAAAUAAGCCCCCCGUUUGUGUUUGACGAGUGGGUGCAACCCGUAUUACUUCCGAUGGACGAACUUAUUCCUUCAGAUAACGUUAUCAUCGCCGGUUGGGGAUGGGAUAUGUUUAGUGACAAUGACUACGAGUGGAAUGAGUUGCUCCAAAAAGCAGAUAUGAAGCUGGUUAAUGACAAUAUUUGUGCGCGUAACUCGUCGCUAAUGUUUUGUGCAGAAACGAUUAAUUGGGAACCCUACGUGUUUAGUCCUGGAAGCCCUGCACUGUGCAAAACGGAAGUAUCUGAAUCUCCCAUCUUAUGUGGAUUAUUGUCGGAAUAUCACUAUUUUAGUUUUGACCGAAACAACUCUGCAGUUUUUACCAAAAUAACUACAUAUAUGUCUUGGAUUAUGGAGACAAUUGAAAAUCAUGAUGGAAUUGACGACAUAACAUGGGUUGAGAGCGACACCUGUGGAGGAGAACUGAUCGCGUCUGCAGGAAGAAUUAGCUACAAGCCGAAUCAAACCUAUGACGCUAAUGAACGAUGCAUUUGGACAAUUCGAAUGCCCAAUUAUGGGUAUGACAUGUCAGUGGAUGUAUACCACUUUGGAGAAGGAGCUUAUCUACUAGAAUCAAGAAUUCUGGAUGCCGACAGUGGACAAAUAUAUGAUACUUCCAAAUUAGAAAGUGGAGUUAGCUUUAGCGGCAACGUUGUUGUAGCGUUCAUCACAUUCUACACGGGUGAUACUGCCCUUGGCACUGGAUUUGUGCUGACAUUUGGCACUCGAAAUGUUGGUAAUCCUAACCCUGAGAGAAAUUAUGGCCAUUCAACAAUUACACAUGAUACUGGGGAGAUAUCAUGGCCUGGUAACGGCGAUUCCUAUAAACCCAACGAGCUGUCAACUUGGAUCAUUACCUCGGGACAUUUCAAUGCGCAAAUAAAUGUCACAGCUGUCGAUAUUCAAGGCGACAGUGGCGUCCAGUGUAGAUUCGAUUCAUUAAUAAUUUACAGCUUAAGAAUCGGGAGCUCUGUUGGAUAUUUCCCCGACAAUCCAGUUUGUGGAACGAUCCCGCCAACCCGACCAUUCACAACUUCACGUGGGGUUUUUAUAUUGAUCUUCAAGAGCGAUGCAACAAUUGAAGGGAAUGGUUUUGCUUUCACUUGGGAUAAAUUACCGGAUACGACAACUACUACACCCACGACCACUAUGACGACACCCAGGGUAACUACUAGUACCACGAUAUCCCCAACCACAACUUCAACUACUUCGACACCGACUACGACUGUUGCUACAACAACUGCAAGUUCGACCACCAUAGAAACGACAACUAUGUUAACAACACCAUCGGUGCCGUCCACUCAAUCAACUUCGAUUGCAACAACCACACCACAACAAUCUACCACAAACGACAGUAGCACACCAACCAUUUCAACUACUGAAAAUGAGAGAUCGAAUGCUGGGAAUAAUCUAGCAUGGUAUAAUGCAAUAUAUAUUUCUUUGGCAAUUUAUAUAAUUGUUCUAUACGAUUAACUGUUUGCUAAAAUAUCACAUUUCGAAUUGUAAUGCGUUGCAUUGUGUUACUGCUAGUUAUAUGUAAUCUAACAGGCAUACUUAAUAAACGGUGUUGUUGGAUGAUGCUUAUCUAAAAAAAUAAUUAUAGUAAUUAUUUAUGUACACCCUCGCAAUCCUUUUAAUCACUUUGCGUAUGGAAUCAAUUCUUAUUAAUAAUAAGCAUAAUUCAUACAAAUUGUUGAUUUAUAAUUGCUAACAACAACAGGAAUUGUACACAUAAAUGUCACACAAUACAUAAUAUGUAGUCAAAGGG